AUGAGCGUGGUGGGGCUCGACGUGGGCAACGACACCCUGGUGGCGGCGGCGGCGCGGCAGCGUGGGAUCGACGUGCUGCUCAACGCCGAGUCCAAGCGCGAGUCGCCGGCCGCCGUCGCCUUCUCCCACAGCGCGCGCCUGCUGGGCGCGCACGCGUCCGGCGCCGCAUCCUCCCACGCCCCCUUCUCCAGCCCCAAGCGCCUCCUCCUCCUCGCCUCCCGCCCCGCCCCCCGCGACCUCCCGCGCCUCCCCUUCCCCGUCGACGUCGCCCGCUCCGGCGCCGGCGGGGGCGCCCGCGUCCACGUCGACCACCUCGGCCGCCGCAUCGCGCUCUCCCCGACCCACAUCCUCGCCAUGUUGCUCGCCUACCUGCGCCAGCUCGCCGAGGACGACCUCGGGGCCCCCGUCGCCGACUGCGUGAUCUCCGUCCCCUGCUACCUCACGCAGGCGCAGCGCCGCGCCUACGUCGACGCCGCGGCCGUCGCGGGGCUCCGCCCGCUCCGCCUCAUGCACGACCUCGCCGCCACCGCCCUCGGCUACGGCCUCUACCGCUCCGACCUCGGCGUCGCCGGGGGCCCCACCUUCGUCGCCUUCGUCGACGUCGGCCACUCCGACACCCAGGCCGGGGUCGUCGCCUUCGACGCGUCCGGGAUGAAGGUGCUGUCGCACGGCUUCGAUGCGGACCUGGGCGGCCGGGACUUUGACGAGGUGCUGUUCGAGCAUUUCGCUGAGGAGUUCAGGGACAGGUAUAAGAUCGAUGUCGUGGGUAAUGUGAAGGCGAGCAUGAGGCUGAGGGCCGCCUGUGAGAAGGCGAAGAAGGUGUUGAGCGCGAACGCCGAGGCCGUGGUCAACAUAGAGUGCCUCAUGGAGGAGAAGGACGUGAGGGGGAUGAUCCGGAGGGAAGACUUUGAGAAGCUCUGUGCUGAGUUGCUGGAGAGAGUUGUUGAGCCGUGCAGGCGGGCGAUGGCAGAUUCAGGUAUUGGAUUGGAUAAGCUGCAGUCUGUGGAGCUCGUUGGGUCAGGGUCUCGGGUACCUGCUAUUGCUAGAGUUCUGGCCGGAUUCUUUAGAAGGGAGCCUAGUCGCACAAUCAAUGUCAGUGAGUGCGUGGCUCGUGGUUGCGCGUUGCAGUGUGCAAUGCUUAGUCCCACAUUCCGUGUUCGGGAGUAUGAGGUGCAAGAUGUAAUCCCUGCCUCAAUAGGAUUUUGCACAAAUGAAGGCCCAAUAUCAGCAUUGACAAGCAACACAUUGUUCCGGAGAGGCCAGCCCCUUCCUAGUGUUAAGAUAAUUACUUUGCAUAGGACCAGUGGUUUUACUUUGGAUGCUUUUUACGUGGAUGAGAAUGAACUGCCCCCUGGCACCUCAACACAAAUCGGUAGUUUUGAGAUUGGACCUUUCCAAGCACAUAGUGAAAAAUCUAAAGUGAAAGUAAAAAUCCGGUUAAAUCUCCAUGGACUUAUUUCAGUGGAAUCAGCUGUUUUGAUUGACGAUGAUCAAAGGGAUGCAAAUUCUGCUGACUCUAUGGAACUCGAUUCCAAUGAUAACAUGGAUCACAAGUCGAGAAAUGAACCGCCAAUGCACCGGCAGGACUUGCAAAUUGUUGAGUCUAUUUAUGGCGUAAUGAGCAAGCAGGAAUUGCUGGAAGCUCAAGAGCAAGAACAACAACUGGCCUAUCAGGAUAAACUUGUCGAGCGAACGAAAGAGAGGAAGAACGCAUUGGAAUCCUACGUGUACGACACCCGUAAUAAGCUUUCUGAGAGGUAUCGGAGCUUUGCUACUGAUUCUGAAAGGGAAGAAAUCUCAGUUAAUCUACAGCAGACAGAAGAUUGGCUUUAUGAAGAAGGUGAUGAUGAGACUGAAGCAGUUUACACUAGUAAACUCGAGGAGCUAAAAAAGCUUGUAGAUCCCAUUGAAUAUCGUUGUAAAGAUGAGGAAGCCAGAGCUGAAGCUACAAGGGAGCUUCUGAAGUGCAUUGUUGACCAUAGAAUGGCUGCCAAGUCAUUAUCUGCGCCUGAACGAGAUGCUAUUGACAAUGAGUGCACUAAAGUUGAGCUGUGGCUGAGGGAGAGCUCGCAACUACAGGAGUCCUUGCCCAAGAAUGUUGACCCUGUAGUUUGGUCUCAUGAAAUCAAGAAAAAGGAAGAGGAGCUGGACAUGUCAUGUAGCAAAAUAGUAACUAGCAGGGCACGGGGGCAUGACAACGAUGAUGGAUGCUAG